ACGUUGUCACCGCCCCUCGUCAACGGAGUAGCUAGUAAAGUCAGGUGUCUUCAUCUCACAGCUGGAUUUUGGUAGAAAAAGGCUCCAGGAAGUCACCAAGCGCCUCGUAUGACUACAUAGGGAGAGCGGGACAGAGCCUGGAAUCGACCCAGUAAGAAUUAUGGAAAACGGUGUGACCGGUGACGCUAAGCUGGACCAGGCAGUCCGGCAGUGGCUGCAGUAUGACAAGAACCCCAAAACAGCUUCAAUGGUGCAGGAUCUCGUCAAGGAGGGAGCAGUGGAGGCUCUUAGGAAGUGCUUCUCUUCCAGGAUGGAGUUUGGUACAGCAGGACUAAGAGCUGCUAUGGGCCCCGGCACAUCCUGCAUGAAUGACCUCACUAUCAUCCAGACCACACAGGGUUUCUGUCGCUACCUGGAGCAGAGCUUUGGGAAUCUUAAAGAGCGAGGUGUGGUGAUCGGGUACGACGCCCGCUCCCACCCUCCCAGCGGCGGCAGCAGCAAGCGGUUUGCCCGCCUGGCUGCAGCAGUUUUCAGCAGCCGGGGCGUGCCAGUCCACCUCUUUUCUGACAUAACCCCAACACCCUUUGUGCCUUUCACAGUUUCCCACUUAGGCCUGUGCGCUGGAAUAAUGGUGACCGCCUCGCACAACCCAAAACAGGACAAUGGAUACAAGGUGUACUGGGAAAACGGAGCCCAGAUUGUAUCUCCUCAUGACAAGGGGAUCUCCAAAGCCAUCGAGGAGAACCUGGAGCCUUGGCCAGAGUCCUGGAACACCGAGGAGGCCCUGAAGAGCCCCUUGCUUAAAGACCCCUACCAGGAUAUCCACACACAAUACUUCAAAGCCAUCCAGAAACACUGCCAUCACAGGGAGAUCAACAAGAGCUCAGAGGUGAAAAUAGUGCACACAUCUGUGCACGGCGUCGGUCACUCUUUUGUGCAGUCGGCGUUUAAGGCCUUCGAUCUCCCCCCGCCGUACGCCGUGGAGGAACAGAAAGACCCAGACCCCGAGUUUCCCACCGUCAAGUACCCCAAUCCCGAGGAGGGCGAGGGCGUGCUGACGCUGUCAUUUGCUCUCGCAGACAGGGAGGAGGCCUCGGUGGUGCUGGCCAACGACCCCGACGCCGACCGCCUGGCUGUGGCUGAGAGGCAGGAGAGAGGACAGUGGCGGGUGUUCAGCGGUAAUGAGUUGGGCGCGCUGCUGGGCUGGUGGAUUUUCCACUGCUGGAAAGAGCGGAACCCCGACGCAGCCGCUGUGAAGAACCUCUACAUGCUGUCGAGCACCGUCUCUUCCAAAAUCCUGCGAGCCAUCGCUCUGAAAGAAGGUUUCCACUUUGAGGAGACGCUGACAGGGUUUAAGUGGAUGGGGAACAGAGCCAAAGACCUGUUGGACCAGGGCAAGACUGUUCUGUUUGCCUUUGAGGAGGCCAUAGGAUAUAUGUGUUGUAACUCGGUUUUGGACAAGGAUGGAGUGAGUGCUGCGGCCAUAGCAGGGGAGAUGGCCUCCUAUCUGGCCACCAAAAACCAAAGCUUCUCCCAACAGCUCACUCACAUUUAUGAAGAGUAUGGGUACCACAUCAGCAAGAACUCCUACUUCAUCUGCCACGACCAGGCGGUCAUCCGCAGUCUGUUUGAGCGCCUGCGCAACUUCAGUGGCAAAGAGGACUCGUAUCCGAGCGAAUGCGGACGAUUCUCCAUCACCGCCGUGCGAGACCUGACUACCGGCUACGACAGCAACCAACCUGACAACAAGGCUGUUCUUCCCACCUCCAGCUCCAGUCAGAUGAUCACUUUUACCUUCUCCAACGGGGGUGUAGCCACCAUGAGAACGAGCGGCACCGAGCCGAAGAUCAAAUACUACACAGAGCUCUGUGCGGCUCCUGGGAACAGUGACGUGGCGCUCCUGAAGAAGGAGCUGGACGACUUGGUUGAAGCCAUUGUGGAAAACUUCUUCGAGCCGGCAAAGAAUAGGCUGCAGCCCAAGCCCGAGUAGUGAUAUCAGACGGAAUGACCACACAAGUGUUUUCGUCUAUCUCUGACCAGCAUUUUCCAUCAUGUCUUAAUUAUUCCGGGAGAGAUCCUCUGUUGAGUUUGAACCAGAAAAAAAAUUCCAUUCUGUAUUGUAAUUUAAUUGUUACUUUAGAUUAUUUUUAAUGAUCUGCAUCUAACCUCUACUAUAAACUUGAGUUUUAACCAUGGAUGCUUUGGUUUUAUAUUCCCUUUUUUUGUUUUUUCCACAUGGCGGUGGAUAAGAUCUGGUCUCCGGCUGGCUUGUGUAUAACAAUAAGCAUUCCUAAACACACAGAGCUUAAUGUCACCUGCACUGCUGCUAAUAUAAACAAAUACCUUAGAAUACCAAUGCUGAAAACUAUUUGAAGGUGUACACUGCCUUUGCAAUUUGAACGUGUAAUAUCUUUCUGUGGUCGCCAACAAGGAACAUGGCACAGAUUUUAGAGACAGAAGUCUUUUCAGCUUAAAUAAAUGAUGGGAAACGUGCAGGGAAAAGGUUACUCUAGGUUUCAAGAGUACAAAUUCACUGCUCACAGUUACAGCACCACCAAGUGGAGCCAUUGUGGACGACCUCAACACGCCCACCACCACACAUUCCUCUGCAUUGCUGCCUGCAACAUCUCAAAGGGACUGAACUGAACAUUUCCGAUAAAUAAGAGUGACUUUGUAGAGUGUGUGUGUGAUUUCUCAGAAAUUUGCAGGGAGCUGAUUCCUAUUUUGAGCAUUAUGCGUGGAUUCCACCGAAAUACUGUGCCAAUAUGUGAUUUUAAUCCCUAAAAUAAAAUUAGUUUCAAACUCUGUUAA